GUUUCGUCAUUAGCAAAAAAGGGAAGAGAAAAGUUAGACGCAAUAAACGUGUCCUAGUUUUUUAAAGUAUAAUAAAGUUAAUUAAAUUAUACAGUGCUCUCUUUAUUCCCUUGCUAACCGAUCCGGAUUCCGUUGCCCUAUCCGUUACAACAAAUUGGCGACGAGAAUCAUCGGAUUUACGCUGGAUUCCGGAGUUUUCGUGUGGAUAACCUCACUUUGGUACGAUGAGCCGAGAAAAAGCCAGUACUUCUUCGGUUCCGGCCGUUCCGGCAGCUUUCGUUUUCGAGCCGUUCAAUGCUGCCACUUCCAACUUCGACCGGUGGGUCGAGCGUCUUCAAAUAUCGUUUCGGAUUUUCAAAGUCCAGCAGGAAGACCGUCGAGAUUAUCUCCUGCACUACAUGGGCAGUGCUACUUAUGAUGUCCUAUGCAACAAACUGAAAACCGAAGCGACACACACGAAAACAUACGAGGAAAUUGUGGACAUCCUGAUGGAACAUUACAGUCCACAGCCGCUAGAAAUAAUGGAGUGUUUCAAGUUCCAGAGCCGCAAUCAACAGGAACACGAAUCCCUAAGCGAUUUCCUCAUGGAUCUGGAAAAGUUGGCCAGAUCAUGCAACUUUGAAGCCUACCUGGAAAAGGCCCUCCGCAAUCAAUUCGUUUAUGGAAUCCGGAAUCGUACAAUCAAAUCACGAUUGCUGGAAUGUCGUCAGCUGACGCUCGAGAAAGCGAAGGAAAUAGCUUUCAGCAUGGAAAUGUCUUAUCGAGGUACCGAUGAGAUGCUCGUUUCCCGUCCAAAAACCGAAGUACAACACAUCGAACACGGGUACAAGAAGAAGAAGAGGCCUAUCCAGUCGCAGGUCCCAAUGCAAGCAGAAUCAAGCCAGCAAGUUUCCAAAUCGGGUGCGCAAGAGAAGGCUUGCUAUCGGUGUGGAGAAACAAAACAUUUCGCAGACAAAUGCAAAUACAAGUCUGCCGUGUGUAAAUACUGUAAGAAGAAGGGCCACUUGGAGAAAGUUUGCCAAGCCAAGCAGAAAGAACUCAAGCAGAGGAAGGACACACACCAUCUCGAAGAACCAAGUACUAUCAAAGAGAUCUUCCAUAUCAAAGCGGUUCGAGGUUUGGCUGGUAAGUUUUUGCUGGACCUUUCGAUUAAUAAUAAGAAGCUUACUUUCGAGAUUGACACCGGUUCCCCUGUUUCCCUCAUAAGUUCCCAAGAUAAACAUUCUCAUUUUAAGCACUGUGUUCUCCAUCCCACCGAUAUGAGGCUGGUAAGUUACUGCGAUACUAAUGUUCGGUUACUCGGUAAAAUUUUUGUAAAAAUUAAUUCUGAUGGUGAUGAGCUCACACUGCCUUUGCAUGUCGCUGAUUCAAACAGACACCCGCUGCUCGGUCGUGAUUGGUUGGUGGAACUCAAUCUCGAUUUCAAUCGUGUUUUUAAACCUGGAGUUCAUUCUAUUUCUUUUUGCACUGGUUUCGAACCAUCUACUGUUUCCGCUCUCAAAACGUUGUUAGAGAGAUACUCUCGUGUUUUUAAUGAGCAUGUGGGAAAAAUCUCUGGGGUACAAGCAUCACUUAACCUUCGUGCAGAGGCAAAGCCCGUUUUCGUAAAAAGCCGACCGGUGGCUUUCGCGGUUCGCGAAGCUGUCGAUACCGAGAUAGAUAAGCUAGUAAAUGAAGGCAUCUGGGAGAGAGUUGAUCACUCAGAGUGGGCAACUCCUGUUGUUCCCGUCAGGAAAGCUGGUGGGAAGGUACGGUUGUGUGGUGAUUAUAAAAUUACUCUGAAUCCGAAUUUGUUGAUAGACGAUCACCCACUUCCCACAGCUGAUGAAUUAUUUGCUACUGUUGCAGGGGGGGAGCGAUUCUCCAAGAUUGAUUUGUCGCAGGCUUAUUUACAGUUAGAAGUUAAACCAGAGCAUAGGCAUUUAUUAACUCUUAGCACUCAUCGUGGGUUGUUUCAGCCGACUAGGCUUAUGUACGGCGUGGCAUCAGCUCCAGCCAUUUUUCAGCGCUUGAUGGAGCAAAUCCUUCAAGGCAUUCCCGGAGUCACAGUCUUCAUUGAUGACAUUCGCGUGACAGGGCCGGACGAUAGGACUCACUUACUGAGGCUAGAAGAAGUUUUCAAACGUCUUGAUUCCCAUAAUAUGCACGUAAAUCGUAGCAAGUGUGAUUUUUUCUCUAAUAAAAUAGAAUACUGUGGUUAUCUAGUUGAUAAGCAAGGCAUACAUAAAAUCAGAAAGAAGAUUGAUGCCAUACAAAAUAUGCCAGUUCCAAAGAAUAAGGAACAAGUUAGAUCAUUUGUAGGAUUAGUUGGAUACUACGGACGGUUUUUACCAAAUCAAAGCACAAUACUUUAUCCUUUGAACAAUCUUCUUAAGGAGGAUGUUCCGUUUUGUUGGUCAAAAGACUGUGAGAAGUCUUUCGCAUUAGUUAAGAAGGAAAUGCAAUCAAAUAGAUUUUUAGUACACUACAAUCCUUCACUGCCGGUGGUGUUGGCCACAGAUGCUUCGCCCUACGGAGUAGGAGCGGUUCUUAGUCAUCAGUAUCCGGAUGGUACUGAGCGUCCAUUACAAUAUGCUUCUCAGACUCUCACACGAACACAGCAAAAAUAUUCACAGAUCGACAAAGAGGCUUACGCAAUUAUUUUCGGUAUUAGAAAGUUUCACCAGUACGUGUAUGGAAGAAAGUUUAUUUUGGUAACGGAUAACAAACCAGUCAGCCAAAUAUUUUCUGAGUCAAAAGGACUACCUGCUAUGUCAGCACUUCACAUGCAGCAUUAUGCCGCUUUUCUUCAGGCUUUCGAUUACCAAAUUCGAUAUCGUCGUUCUAGUGACCAUUGCAAUGCCGAUGCAAUGUCGCGUCUUCCUCUGACCGUUACAGAUCCUAAAUCGGAAAUAGAUGAAUCGGAUGUAGUAGAAGUGAACUCUAUUCAAACCCUUCCUUUAACCGUAGACGAGUUAGGUUGCGCUACGAUCGCAGAUAACAGUGUUAAGGAAUUAAUACGUGCUCUAAGAACGGGUCAGAGUAUUGAUGCUAAGUUUAGAUUCGGUGUACAUCAGGAAGAAUUCAGUCUUCAGAAAGACUGCGUGAUGCGCGGUUCUCGGGUUUACGUUCCAUUUGCUCUCAGAGCUAGAGUCCUUGACGAGCUUCACUCGACUCAUUUCGGAAUAUCGAGAAUAAAAUCGCUUGCCAGAAGUUAUUGCUGGUGGCAAGGUAUCGAUAGGGAUAUCGAGGAUCUUGUAAAAGAUUGUGCAUCGUGUCAGGCCAACAAGGCAAAUCCACCUAAAGCGGCAUACCACUGUUGGGAAACUCCUUCUGAACCAUUUCAACGCGUUCAUGCGGACUACGCUGGUCCAUUCAUGGGUUAUUAUUAUCUCGUUCUGAUAGAUGCCUUUUCAAAAUGGCCAGAUGUUCACGUUUUGAAAAAUAUGACUACGGAAACUACGAUUCGCGCCUGCAGAGAAUUUUUUAGUACUUAUGGUAUUCCGUCGGUUUUUGUAAGCGAUAACGGACCUCAAUUCGCUUCGGUCGACUUUGCUAAGUUUAUAAAACUUAACGGUAUAGUACACAAAUUCAGUGCGCCUUAUCACCCGGCAACGAAUGGGCAGGCCGAACGUUUUAUACAAACUAUGAAAUGUAAAAUGAAAGCUAGUGUUAGUAAUCGUUCCGAGAUCAAUGCAGAACUGUGUAACAUUCUUGUUACUUAUCGUAAAAGUGUUCACCCUACUACAGGAUAUUCACCUUCUAUGAUAGUUUUCGGGCGACAAAUUCGUUCACGACUUGAUUUAAUGAUCCCUUCAAAUGACCCCAAAGCGAGUGAAAUUCAGGGUAAGAUUCGCGAGUUUACCGUAGGUUCCAGAGUUUCAGCUCGAGAGUAUCUCCAUGAGAACAAAUGGGAGUUCGGAUAUAUUAAAGAACGUAUAGGUAAAUUACAUUAUUCGGUUUAUUUAGACGAUGGUCGUGUUUGGAGGCGCCAUAUUGACCAACUGCGUAGCGUUGGUGAUGGGCUACCGAGUUCUUCAACAUUGGAAACUUUUUCGCGCGGAGAUGAUUCACUAUGUCGGUAUGACGACCACGCUGCCGCAGUACCUUCCAACUCAAAAGCACAGUUCAUCCCUUCCGUUCCUUCCGCAAAUCCUAAUCCAGUCCUAACUGACCCUACUCCUAAAAAACCCUUAGCAGGUGCCGCUGUGCCAAUUUCGAAAGCGAGCACCAGUGUUGCUAGUUCCGCGGGUUCAGCAGGCUUACCACCAGACCAAGGAUUGCGGCGAUCUUCAAGGACGAUUCAACCCCCUCGGAAACUAGACCUGUAGCUGUUGAAGAACACUUUCCGGGGGAAGAGCUGUCAUAUCCAUCUACAGGACUGGCAGCACUGAACUACAACGCCAGAAGAAGGUAUUCUGAACCACCCUGUGGUUUCGUCAUUAGCAAAAAAGGGAAGAGAAAAGUUAGACGCAAUAAACGUGUCCUAGUUUUUUAAAGUAUAAUAAAGUUAAUUAAAUUA